CCGGCCCCGCAGCCGCCGAGCCCCGGCCCCGCCGCGGGGCCCGGCCGCGGGAGGCGGCGCCUCUCGGGGAGGCGGGCCGGGCCGGAGCGGCCGGCGCUGCCUUCCGGGGCUCGGCGGCGGCCGGAGCCGGGCAGGAUGCGCUCCGCCGCCCCGCUGCUGCUGUGCUCGGCCUGCCUGCUGCUGCCGGUGCUGCUGCUGCCCGCCGCGCCCGGCGCCAUCGGCAGCCAGGAGCCGGCAGCGGGCCCGGCAGCGAACGGCAGCCGCCUGCCCGCCGGACCGGCCGGAGCCCCCGGGAACCACAGCGGGGCCCAGCUCAGCCCCGUGCCCGCGCUGCUCCGCGACCUCUCGGCGCUGAAGGCCGCAGUCAUCGGGGCCUGCGCCCUGACGGCCGCCCUCAUCGCCUGCCUCCUGCUCCGCGUCUUCAGGUCUGGCAAGAGGAUUAAGAAGACCAGGAAGUAUGACAUAAUCACCACUCCAGCUGAGCGAGUAGAAAUGGCUCCUCUGAAUGAAGAAGAUGAUGAGGAUGAAGACUCAACAGUGUUUGACGUGAAAUACAGGUAAAGCAGCUUGGUGCCCUGCAAGAUGUCAUUCUGCUGUUGAGGGACCUGCUGAAGCUGUAACUGUGAAAUGGGAGACUUUCAUCUCUGCAGUGUUACAACCAAAUCAAGUCUCACCUCCUCGAGGUGCUGUUUGUACAGCAGGCUAUGGAUCUUCAGACCAAAACAUCACCAUUUGGUUCCCUGUGUUGGAAUGACUAGAGCUCUUUGCAAAUUCAGCUCUCUCCUGCUUUAGGAGGGCUCCAUUGUCACUAAAACACGACAAGAUGCAGCCCUGUGUACUGACCUGCAGCUCAUUAUGGUCUAAAUAAGUUUUGCAGAAGGCUCAAGAAAAGGAGGAUCAAACCAAGCUGCUCCAAGGACUUAUUUUCUAAAACCCUAAUUCAGUACUUCAGUCACUGUUAAACUUUGGUCAUUGUUAAACAGAUGAUGUGUUUAAAAAAAAAAAUCAAGAAGUGUAUUUUUCUGGGCCUUAUGGAAGUCAUUUAUGAAUUUAGGUGGUAAAAAUGUAAGCCAUGCUGGAAUGCCACAGUGUAUGUUUAGUGUAGGAUUUUUUGGGGGGUGGGGUGUGAAAGGUUGACUCGUGUAGAAAAUUUUCUUGACUUGCUACUGAUUUUUUUUAUUUUUUAAACAACAAUUGCACUAAGCUUUCAUGAUGACAUUGUCAUUGUCCUGAGGAGCUCUGAUCAGACCAACUUGAAUAAACGAGACCACAGGGAAACAGGAAGAAUCAGGCAUGCCCUAAAACACAACAAUCCUGGAUUAAAGAAGAUAUAUUUUUGUAAUUUUCUGCCCUUCCACAGGGAGUAAAAACAGUGUUUGUACUGUCCUGUGCUGACUGUAACUUGUCUACAAUUCAUCUAUAUUACCCUUUUUCUAAGCAAAAUAAGUCCUCAUGUGGAAAGAUUAGAUUGCAGGAAGAACACCUCUUAUUUUUCAUGGAAGCUUCAUAUAAGUGAUCUUAAUCUGUAUCAAACUGGAAGUUUUCCCCUACCAACUGCUUGACAAAUCCCAUUUAACUCAAGGAUGCAUUUUUACCCAUCACUCCCUGCCAUGCUUUGUGCUGCAGAGGUCAGAGCUGUGGGAUCACACUAUGAGGAUUAGCUUGCCACAUCUGGAUGGAUUUGGUUUAAGAGACCACAGGCAUGCAUGCUUUCCAGGCCAACAUUAGAAAGGGCAAACCUAACUGGUUUAGUCUUUACUUUGUGGUUUUCCUUUAAAGUAACCACAGUUGCAGUUCAGACUUUACUGCACCCCUUAACACAUUUUAUUUUGGGUUUUUAAGCUGGCUGGUACCUUGCUUUUCCUGGGGAGCGCAUGUUUUCCAGUUGUUUUAGGAUUGUCUUGCUCUUCGCUUGACCCUCUACCAGCCCCCUGCAGUUACAACCCCUCAAGGAGACUGCAGAGUUUCUGGCAAAGCACCAGCCUUGCAGCAAGCUGCCGGUUUUGGGAUUUCUGGGCUUUGGUUUUGGUUUUUAUUUUUGAAGGCCUAUUGGGAUUCAGGGCUUGCUGAGAACACUGAACUGCUGUGUCACGAUACCAUGACCUGUGCCAGUUCUGGGGGUUCCCUGGGCCCUGCAGUCAGUGCCAGGAGGUGAAGAGGAAUUGCUGUUUUUUCCUUGCACUUUCAUCAGAGGAGCUCCUGGAACACCACUUGCUUUCCCUCCCCAUGACUCAGCAAAGGCUUUGCAAACAGCUCACUCAGCCUGGAUGGUGAAGUCCCACAGCAGACUGUUGUGUUACUGUUAGUCAUCAAGGCAAUAUAGGUGUGCUGUGUUAUUUUCAUUCAUGGAAUGAGUUUGAGUCAUUCCGUAUUACUUUUACUAAGCAAUAUUUAACAUGUCAGCUGUGAGGUGAGGAUGGGGCCGAGCUGGUUGUGUUCUGGCUGGGAAGAAUUGAAGGGACCAGUAGCUUGAAUGGUGCUGUGGGUUGAGAGAAGAUCUGAGGCUCUUUCCCAACCUGGGUAAAAUGGGUUUCAGACUUAGGCUGGAUGAGUCUGAAGGAAAUAGUGUCUCUUCAGGACUAAAGUACUUUGAAGACCAAGAAUUGAACUUCUUUGGCAGAAUGAGUCCUUUUGAAGUCAGAGGAGUGGCAAUCCUGAGAGGAGAGAGAGGUGAAAAGCUUCUGUUUGCUUUUGCAGAGGGAGGCAAUGGAGUGAGGUGGCUGCCCUGUCAGAGCAGACACCAUGGCAACGUGUUCAUGUCCACUCCUCUGCCAAACUCAUUAGGCUGAGCAUCAGACAAUCUGGAUGAGUGGUGGAGAGGGAAUGAAACCUCCUCUUCGUACAAAAGAAAGGUGAGACCAAGUUAUGUAGGAGAGGGAUGAGAGGAAAAGGUGCAUAAAGGACAGUUCUCCAUUCCAAGGGUGAGUCAGCUAUUGAAAUAAAGAGGUUUUCUAACAACUUCAGGUCACUUGCUGAGUUAGGCUGAUAAAGGCCAUCCAGUCCCUUGUGGCCAAAAAAGCCCACUGUUUCUGUAAUGUGGCCAAAUCUCAAUGGUAAACAGGGACCAGGUAAUGAAGAUAUUGAAGAUGGAGGUGCCCAGCUGCUGCUGGGGUGCUCUGGCUCCUUGGGGAGGAUCCGUGUGUGCUGUAAGCUAAAAAGUUGUUAGGGGGAAGCAGCAGCUGCUUGGUGGAAAUAAAAGGUCAACCUCACCAGUGGCUCAUGGUCAUGAAACAAUCUGAAUGCUUUGUUUGAUACUCAGUUGCUGUUGCAAAUGUGAGGCAAUGUUUACCUCUACAGAAGUUGCUGUAUGUGAUUUAAAGUGUCUGGUUAAAUAUUCUAUAGCUAUAUUUAGUUAAGAUUCUAAGAGCACUUGAAGUGACUCAUCUAAUAGUAUAUAUAUGAAUAUUUUUUUAACGGUAGGAAGUAGUUUAAAAACAUAGUUUUAAUAAUUUGGACUGUUUGGUUCAGGUAGUUCUAGGAGUUCAUCAGAGAAGAAAUAGCCAUUAACCACUACAUGAAUGUUUUACCUUAAUGUUCUCUGUAUCUUACCCUGCAGAUUUAAUCUCAUUGUGACUGUAAUGUGUCUUAGUAUCUGCUGCUAUUUUGUGUUGCAUAGUCAAGCUUGCUUUGUUCAAGAGCAUUUUUAAAGGCGUAUUUUUUUGUUACAGAAAAUGAAAAGAGAAAUGUUAUUACAGAUGUCUGCCUGUAGCUUGCUCACUGCUUAAAAAAUCUACUGACUGGUAGCAGAGUCAAACAGAGCAAGCAAAUUAGGGGCUUUCCUAUUUGUGCAUGCUGUGGAGAGAAACUCUGCACAGAAUUGCAGCUUCUUUACUCCAACCAGAGCCCUGUCACUGGAGAUUACACUUGAGAUGCCCAAAGUUGGUGUGCCAUGCUUGCCUGCAGAAUUAACUUAGAAGUACACAGAUAGCGUUGUAUUGGGGGAUUUUCUUUUGCUUUUUUCCCCCUGAAAGAUGUGGAGGUGACUGCAAAUGCUCGUUUAGCACACUAACUUAAUGCUAUCCUAAUGUUUGUCUUAACCCAAACUGACUUGUCAGAGUCUACAAGCACUAAUGCAGCUUGAACACGCAAGCAUUGAUGCGUUCAAAUGUUUUGCUCCUAAGUGUUCCCUCUAAUUCACUGUACAUGGUAUAAUCCCUGCAAGGUGACAGGCUGUGGUUUUCUUUAAGGUUUUUUUCUUCUGUUAGAUGAUUUUCUGCUGCUGCAGUUCUUGUGUGAGGAGUUAUCAGGACCAUACGUUUUGUUUUGUGCAAUUGCUUGAACUUUUAAAGAAAUUGUUUAUGAGAAUUUGUCAUUGUGACCAAAGCAUCUUUUUAAGAAAAAUUGGUAAGCUGAGUUUGAAUGGACUUCUCAUAUUUCAGUAGAAACUGCCAUCAUUAAACAUGUUCUUGAAA